AUGAAAUAUGUGAAAUCUUCUAUGAUCCAAUGCUGUGUUUGGGGUUUACUUCUUGAUUUUGGAUUAACUUUUGCCACAAUACCUUAUGUAUUAUUUCCAACAUUAUCUGGAUAUCCUUUAGGUAUUUUAUUUGAUUUUGGAAUGAGUAUGAAAUAUCAAACAAUUGUUAUUAUUGAAUUAAUGAUUGGAGUCGGUUGCUCACUCAGUGGAAUUCUAGAAAAUCGUUUCAGCUGCAUGUCAAAACCUGGCUCAAGUUUCAAAAAUCAUAUAAUCAUUUAUAUCUUCAAUAUGAUAUAUUCCAAUUGCAUUCUUUAUGUGCAAUUUUUAAAAAGCCCUGAACAAGAAUCAGCUCGAAAAAUAGUUCUAUAUGAAAUGCUCCCACCAAAUCUCCCGGAGUAUAUUCAUACUGCACCGAUAUAUGUUGCAUCUUUGGAUAGUUUUGAAAAUGGAAUGACAAUGAUGGCUAUGUAUAUGUUCAUAUUUUUACAAUGCGCGUUUUUCGCUUUUGGCACAGUUUAUAAACUUUAUUUUCAACAUAAAAGCAAAAAUCUAUCUUCGAAUACGAAAAGAAUGCAAAACAAGUUUUUUGUUUUGAUUUGUAUACAAUGCUCAAUACCAGUUAUUGUCAUUUCUUUUCCAAUGUGUUAUAUUAUUUUUAGCUGCUCGAUGUUCUAUUUCAAUCAAGGUACGGUUCUGUCGAAGAGUCUGACCAGUUUUCAUUUUUUUCUAGUCCGAAUUUUGUCUGCAAAGUUGUUUUAUCCAGAUUUUUCAAAUGUUCUGAAUCAAAAAUUUUUUAAAUUCAGUUUCCAUAAGUUUUCACAGUAGGUUCAAAUUUUAAACUAAUUUUUUAAAAAUUUUCAUAUUUCUCAAAAAUUUUGAAAACUACAUUCCCUUUCACAAAAAAAACAGAAAACUGACGUUAAAGACCAAAUUUUCCAGCCAUCAACAAUCUUGUAUUCAUCUUAUUCUCAUUUCAUGGAAGUCUUACAACAAUAUCGAUUAUUUUUGUCCAUCCGCCUUACCGUAAAGCAAUAACUCCAAGUUGUAUGAGAACACAAAUUCAAAGAAGUAUCACGAUGAAAGUUUCAUCGAUUGUUAAUUUUUGA